CUUCGGUAGAAAUAAAUGUGGCAAGCACUGAUUGGUUAUACUAUUGGCAAUAUUGUCGUAAAGUCGGCAAAUUCCACCUAUAAGAAAGGCGUAAAUCUCCCAAUCUAUUCACCGGCAGACUCUUCCGUCUUCAAACACUUCGAAUCGUUUUCCAAUUACUCUGACAAGAUGCAAAUCUUUGUUAAAACCCUCACUGGCAAGACCAUCACCCUCGAGGUGGAGAGUUCAGACACCAUUGAUAAUGUGAAGGCUAAGAUCCAAGAUAAGGAAGGGAUCCCACCGGAUCAGCAGAGGCUUAUCUUUGCUGGCAAACAACUUGAGGAUGGCCGCACGCUAGCCGACUACAACAUUCAGAAAGAAUCCACCCUUCACUUGGUUCUUCGACUUCGUGGCGGCAUGCAAAUCUUUGUCAAGACUCUCACUGGAAAGACAAUUACCUUGGAGGUUGAAAGCUCUGACACAAUAGAUAAUGUAAAGGCAAAGAUCCAAGACAAGGAAGGGAUCCCACCAGAUCAGCAGAGGCUUAUCUUUGCUGGAAAGCAGCUUGAAGAUGGUCGCACCUUAGCUGAUUACAAUAUCCAAAAAGAGUCCACCCUCCACCUAGUACUUCGUCUUCGAGGUGGCAUGCAAAUCUUUGUCAAAACUCUCACUGGAAAGACAAUUACCUUGGAGGUGGAGAGUUCGGAUACCAUUGAUAAUGUGAAAGCCAAGAUUCAGGACAAAGAAGGAAUCCCACCAGACCAACAAAGAUUGAUUUUUGCUGGAAAACAACUUGAAGAUGGAAGGACUCUUGCCGAUUAUAAUAUCCAGAAGGAGUCUACUCUCCAUUUGGUUCUCCGCCUUCGUGGUGGUAUGCAGAUCUUUGUAAAGACUCUUACCGGAAAGACCAUCACUUUGGAGGUUGAAAGUUCCGAUACCAUUGACAAUGUGAAGGCAAAGAUCCAAGACAAGGAGGGUAUCCCCCCAGACCAGCAAAGGCUCAUCUUUGCUGGCAAGCAGCUCGAAGAUGGUAGGACAUUGGCCGACUACAAUAUCCAAAAGGAGUCUACCCUUCACUUGGUGUUGCGGCUGCGUGGUGGGAUGCAGAUCUUUGUUAAGACUCUUACUGGAAAGACUAUCACUCUAGAGGUUGAAAGUUCAGACACCAUUGACAAUGUUAAGGCAAAGAUUCAAGACAAGGAAGGGAUCCCACCAGACCAGCAAAGGCUCAUAUUUGCUGGCAAGCAACUUGAAGAUGGCAGGACAUUGGCUGAUUAUAAUAUCCAAAAGGAGUCUACUCUGCAUCUUGUCCUUCGCCUUCGCGGUGGUUUCUAAGUAAGGAUUGUUUGCCGUUGUUGGUGGCCUUUUUUUGGCUUUAAAUAAUGUGUGUGGAAGCUUAUUUGGGAUUAUUAUUAGCUAUGUGGUUUUCGAACUUUCAUGGGUUACUGCUAUUAGAUCUUUGUUUUAAUAUUUUAAGUUUGUCUUUGGACGCUAUUAUGAAUCGUCAACCUCGAUGUUCAAAUGCCUUCAA